UUUUUCAUGUUCCCGAUUCUUUUUUUGGGUCUUUUUGGGUUUUCGCCACAUUCCCCAGAAGCGAGCAGCAGCAGGGGAUUGCUUGCUCAGGAGCUAGUCUGGUUGGUCAUUUCAUUGUUGCAAAGCCCUCGGAAAGCUUGCUGCCGAAGGCGUCGCCAUCGUCGCCGUCGUUGUUCUCGUUCUCAAGCGGCGUGUGAAUGCCGUCAAUUGCAGCAUUCAUCUCACUGUUUUCGGGGAGGUGUACGACAGGUCGGCGUUGGCCUUCGUGGGAUCGGGUUCAGAGGUUUGGGGAGCACCCCGGGGCCCCGUGCGAUUGUUAAGUGCGGGAUUCGCGUUGUCGGUUCGGAAUCGAGUGUCCAUUGUUUUGGAGCCAAUUCGUUCCGAUUGUUGUUAUCACGUGUACAGUAGUUGGGAGGGUGACUAUCAUCUUCUUGGGUUUUUUCGGCUAGGUUGAUGGGCGUCGUAGAGGAUGAGAAGCACCCUUGGGCAUUGAAUUGUUCUCUGAGCUUUGGUGGAGAUGUUGAAAGCAGUAUGAGGUUUUGAGUACUCCAGCUUUAUAAUCUGUUCUCAAGGUUGUGGAAAUGGCUCGUCAGGAUGAGGACAUGGAUGAAACAGGGCCGCUAUACAAGGUUAAGGUUGUUCCGUUUCUGGGUCGGUCAGUGCCGAUUGUGCUCCAGAACGAUAAUGGCCCGUGCCCACUACUAGCUAUUUGCAAUGUUCUUUUGCUGCGAAACGAUGUCAGUUUGGGCAUAGAUAUCACUGAAGUAUCUUCAUCAAAGUUAUUGUCUCUAAUUGCAGAGAGGCUCAUUGAUACCAAUGUCUUAAAUGGGGAAAAAAGUAUGGACUACGAGCGCAAUUUGCAGAAAAAUAUCGAUGAUGCUAUGCCGCUACUUCCUCGCUUGCGUACUGGCAUUGAUGUAAACCUUCGGUUCAGACAUAUACAUGACUUCGAGUUUACGCCAGAAUGCGCAAUUUUUGAUCUUUUUGACAUCAGCCUUGUGCACGGAUGGCUUUUCGAUCCCCAGGAUAAGGAGACUAGCGUAGUAAUUGGGUCAGACUCCUACAACACGCUUCAGGAAAAGUUGGUUGCACUUCAAGCUAGCAGGAUAGCAGGGUCCCGUGAGCUUUUAUUAGAGGAGCCAACGGUUGAUUUUGCUGCAGCAACUACUGCCACCUUGGGGGUGCCCAAACCUUUACCCAAGGAAUUGUGGUCUAGCGAAACAUCUUUUGAAGAUGUUACAAAUGAGCUGAAUCAAGAAGAAACGAAUCAAUUACCUUUUGAUCGGCAGAGGAAGGGCGAUAGUCAAGAAGCUGCCAUGUUAAUGCUGGCUUUGCAACUUUCUCAGAUUGAGGAUUCCCAGAAUGUAGUAGCUAGUUCUGCAGAUGAGAUUGACCCCGCGAAAGGUGACUUGGAUGGACAUCUAAGCGAUAAUGGCAACUUCAGUUUGUCAUCUGGGACGUCCGUUGGCUCCAGUGGACACCUGAUAACUCCUUUGGAAGAGCUCGACAUGCCAGAGGAAGUAGCCGAGAUUGGAGCUCGAGAGGAGAACUCUGUGAUGCACGAACCAGGCGUGUCCACGGAUAUUAAGAGUCACUCUUCAACCGAUGUCAGUGAUCAAGGUUUCCUGAAAGAGGAGGUCGUUGAGGAGAGAUACAUAAUCACUUCAGAGCUAAGUAGCAGCUCCUCUAUAUUCGAUUUGGGUGAUGAUGUGGAUCGGCCCGUUAAUCUACUGGAUGUUGGCGAGGACAUCUUUACAAAUGAAGAUGACACAUCAUCAAAAGAUUUAGGCCUUGAUGUUCACAAGCGUUUGGAACCUGAUCUGAAUCAUUCAGCCUCAAAGACAACAGACCUAGAUUUAAAUAUAUCUGACGAGCAGGUAGGCUCCCCGAAGUUUGGCAGGACUGAGCCAAGAGAUUUCAAUCUAGAAGGAACCUCAGACAAAGUUGAGGAGACUGUUGUAGCACCCACUGUAGCUGGACAGCAACAUACACAUGUGCUCAAUUUUGGACCUGGAUUUGAAGAUGAAGAACCUCUUUAUGAGGGAGAAGAUGACUUUGCAAAUCUAGGUGGUUCCAAUCAAGGUGACACUGAACCUUUGUACGAAGGCGAAGUAAUUUUGGCCGGGCAAGCCAGUGAAAGUGAAUCUGAUUUUGAGCAGCUACAUGCAAGGAAAGGCGACUCGGGCUCACAUAAUACGAUACUCAAUAUUUCUGAUCGGGAAGGUAACAUAAUUCGGCGUUUCUUGGAGGACAAUGCAAGUCAAUUGACAAUCUGUGGACUGUUUAGCUUGGUUGAAAAUCUGAAGGAGCUUGAGUUAUGUGUAUUUUUUCGAAACAACCACUUCAGCACUCUUUUCAAGCGUGGUGGUAAGUUACUUCUUCUUGCAAGUGACCAAGGGUAUUUACACCAUCCUGUGGUUUGGGAACAAUUGGACUCGGUUGACGGUGACACGACCUUCCUCAAAGGAGACUUUACGCCUUUCACUGCGGAGGAACACAAUAAUGGCUCAUGGAACAUGGAACCCACCCCCAAUGAACCAUCAGGCGUUCAGGAUUUCAAGUCUACUCAUAGCGGACCUGAGCAAGACUUGGAUUCACAAUGUGCUUCCGACCUAGAGCUGGCUUGGGCGCUUCAGCAAGAGUUAGAUCGGCAACAACAGCAAUAUCAACAUUCACCACAGAAUUCUCCUCAGAUGCCUGUACAGUCAUCAUCUGGCCCUGUACCAGCCUCUCCACAGCCCUCACCUUACACCCGCCCAGUGGGACCAUCCAGGGGCCAACCAAUUAUGCCAAAACCAGAGCCUGCUAAGAAGGAAAAGUGCACUAUAAUGUAGAUGAAUUUAGCUUAGGUGUUGCCAGAGCAGAUCAGUUUGAUGUAUAUAAUCCAUUACACAUAGUAUGAUGCUAAUUACAGAUGUUCAAGAGAUUGUUAAAAUCCUAUCCUGCUAAUUCUGAAAGACGUAGUAGCUACUACAAGCUAAGUAGUCUUGUAAGGUAAUGCUCAUACCACACCCGCAGAACUCUGCAUGUAUUGCUUGAAUAGCAUCAAAGCAUUCAUGAUUUUACAAGGUAGUAGCAAGUAUCACAUAUGGGAUACUUGCUGCAAAUUUACAGUA